GCUGCGGUUCCAAAAGUAUAAUCCAAUCAGAAGUGAUUAUCUCUCAACCGUUGUACAACUGUUGAGUUGUCUAAACGCACCCAUAGACGUAUUUUAGUAGCAGAAACCAGGCCAAGUGGAUCGGCCAGACUAACAAAUAAAAAAAAGUGGCUUCAUUAUGAAUCCAUGGAAUUUAUGAGAGACUCUCUCCUUAUAAAAAAAACUGAAACGUCAACUUUAGAAAUAGCAGAUAAUUCUACUGAAUUACUCGAUGAUCAGUCGUCGCAAGCGUCUUCUAGUGAUAACUCAAGAAAAAGAAAAAAUAGUAAAAGCGAACGUUUAGAAAUACUGUCUAAAUUCGCCGACUCACUUGCAACACCAAUUUCGUCUCUCGUAUUAUCGCCUCCACCACAGCGACAACAAGAUGAGAUUAGUGCCUUUCUGGAAUUUCAAGGAUAUAGAUUAAGAACUAUGGAUGAAAGAAAACAAAGUGUCAUGCAAAUGAUUUUUAAUAUUAUUAAUGAGGAUGACUCUUAAGAUUAAUAUAUGCAGAAAUUAUAAUAACGUAUAAAAUAAAUAAAUGAUAAUUAAAUAAGUGAUAAAUGAGGUGUGACCUCCGGCUCCUUUUGGUAACUCCAAUAAAUAGAAUUAAUUAGCAGGGCAAUAAUGAGCCAUGGCAGGAUGUUGUGCCGUAGAAAAAUUAAAAAAUGUAAUUGAGA